AUGGCGGACGCAUCUCCCAGCUCAAAUGGAGUAGUGACGGAAGGGGAUGGAACUGCGGGCGCGAUCGAGAGCGUACCAGAGGUACAGAAGGGCAGCCCCAAUGACUUUUUGAAGCACGUGAUCGGCAAACCAGUCGUCGUUCGCCUGAACUCAGGGGUGGACUAUCACGGCAUCUUGACGUGCUUGGAUGGGUACAUGAACAUUGCGCUGGAAGACACGACGGAAUGGGUAGAGGGCAGGCAGAGAAAUGCUUACGGUGAUGCGUUUGUGAGGGGCAACAAUGUGCUGUACAUCACCGCAGCUUGA